ACGCUGUAUUCCUUUCGUCGCCGGUGGGUGUCGCUGUUAUCACCGUUACCGAAACUGUCUGUCAGUCUGUCUGGCGGGGAUGAAGGGACGCUGUUUUGUGGAACGCACGCACACGCACGCACACACUCACAACCGUACGCAUACGCGCGCACGAUAGAGAGAACGCGAAAGAGAGAGACAAGUGAGCGCCUUCGCGCCUGUGCGCAGUCCUCCGGCCCGGCCGCUCCUUCCUUCCUUCCUCCCUCCUCUCCCUCACUUCCUCCCCACCGCUGGCUCGCUCCCUUUCGGAUGCUGGGAGCCUUCAUCUUUCACACUCCGCGCUGGGCCAAAAUACUUCCGAGGCCGGAUCGACCGACAGCCCGUUUUGCCUGGUUUGAAUUUCGGAUUCCCACACCAGAAAGAAGGAAAGUCGAGAAGGGAAAAAGAGGCUCUCCAUCCCCCGAGGGAAUUUAUUUUACAGAGUAAUGCCGGUGCCUGAAGUGUCGUCUGACACCGCCAGCGCUGCCGCCAUGUUGAGCCCCGUCCUCAAUGCCUCCAACGGCGACGGAUCAGAGUCAGAAAGCACCUCCGCCAUUCUGGCCUCUGUCAAGGAACAGGAGUUGCAGUUUGAACGUCUCACCAGGGAGCUGGAAGCCGAGCGGCAGAUUGUUGCCAGUCAGUUGGAGAGAUGCAAGCUUGGCUCUGAGGCCGGAAGCAUGACGAGCAUCAGUUCAGCAGAGGAGAAAUUUCGCUGGAACAACCAAGAUGGACAGAAGGACAUCGAGGAGGAGCUGACAACAGGCCUGGAGUUGGUGGACUCGUGUAUCCGCUCGCUCCAGGAAUCGGGCAUCUUGGAUUCGCAGGAUGCUUCGACGGGAGAUCGACAAGGACUUCUCUCUCAUAGCGCUCUGCAGCUCAACAACCAGGAUGCCUAUGCAGCUGCCGGUUACCAUAGUAACCAAGCAUUGGCUCUCGGCGAAGUAGUCACGGGUCGCGGCGGACAUGUUGGCGGGGCCGUUCACAGCUACAACCAGGUGACAUCCGGCCGAGCGGCCGCCCAAUUAAUGGCGACGGACUCGCCCUCCCAGUCCCACAGAGAUUCAUUUGCCCAACAGGCCAUGGGAAGCGCCUUCCAUAUGCCCAGCGAGGGCGGACCCACCCCUGCUGGACCAUCCGUGUAUUACUCCUGCGCCACCUUGCCGGCACAGCGCGUGAGCUCCCCUCUGCAGGCGGUGGGCUCUCCGACCAAGCUGCAGCGUCUCGGGACGGCGUCCUCCGACAUGCCUAGCUAUGCCACACUACAGCGGGUGGCGUCGCCCAAACAGUCCCCAAGUCGUCUUGCCAAGUCCUACAGCACCUCAUCACCCAUCAACAUGGUGCCACCUGGUGCCGGCGGGCCCUCCUCCCCGCUUUCCAUGGCGGCCCCAUCAGGAGGAAACCACACGUCAUCGCCCAUCCACCAACUGAGCUCGGUCGUGGGCAGCUACGCCACCUUGUCGCCCACCAAGCGCAUGCUACAUCACAUCGGAGGAGAAACCUACAAGAUUUCCCAUGAGCUGUUCGCCAACGCGACCCUGAAAAGGCCCGGGAGCCUGGCAGGCUCCCGAGGUUCUUACAGCAGCCAGCACAGUCACCUGGGCUCGGAGUUGCGACCGCUGCAGUCUCCAGAGCAUCACAUCGAUCCCAUCUACGAAGACAGAGUCUACACCAAACCCAACCUCAGAGGACAAGCGGUGAACCAACUGUACCAAGAGGUCCUCAACUAUCUGCUCUGUCCCUACACUUUAGCCCCACCUUCCCCCGGUGUCGAUCCAAUCCCCUUGCAGCGAACCGGAAGUCAGAGUGCCGCUUCCACUUACCAAAGAGGCGGCUUUGCGACGGGAGGCGGGCCUGACUACAGCAACCCGUACCGCACGUUGCAGUUCUGCCCGUCCACCGAGUCGCCUUACAGCAAGUCGGGCCCGGCUCUCCCUCCCGAAGCGGCCCUGGGCCGCUCUCCGUCUGUGGACAGCAUCCAGAAGGACCCGAGGUACGACCCCGAAUUCCUUGUGUGGAAUCAAAAUCAAGCCGAGCAAAGAAUGACAAAGGAGUUUGGUUGGAGGGAUCCAGAGCUGCCAGAAGUGAUCCAAAUGUUACAACAUCAGUUCCCAUCAGUUCAGUCGAACGCUGCCGCCUACCUCCAGCAUCUCUGCUUCGGAGACAACAAGAUCAAGUGUGAGAUCCGGCGACAGGGUGGCAUCCAGCUUCUGGUGGACUUGCUGGACCAUCGUAUGACCGACGUGCACCGCAGCGCCUGCGGAGCUCUUCGGAAUCUGGUCUACGGGAAGGCUAAUGACGACAACAAGAUUGCACUCAAAAACUGUGGAGGAAUCCCGGCUUUGGUCCGACUGCUACGGAAAACCACAGAUGUUGAGAUCCGAGAACUCCUCACAGGUGUCUUGUGGAACCUGUCGUCAUGCGACGCCCUGAAGAUGCCUAUCAUCCAGGACGCCCUGGCCGUCCUGACCAAUGCUGUGAUCAUCCCCCACUCGGGCUGGGAUACCUCGCCCCAUACGCAAGAAGACCGCAAAUUACAUCUGCACUCCUCCCAGGUCCUCCGCAAUGCCACCGGCUGCCUCCGCAAUGUGAGCUCUGCAGGUGAGGAGGCCCGCAGGAGGAUGAGAGAGUGCGAGGGUCUGACAGAUGCUUUACUGUACGUCAUCCAGACUGCCCUGGGGAGUAGUGAGAUUGACAGCAAGACUGUGGAGAACUGCGUGUGCAUCCUGAGGAACUUGUCAUACCGUCUGGCCGCAGAGACGUCUCACAACCAACAAGGGGGCUCUGAGGAGCUGGAUGGCCUGUUAUGUGACACUGGUGGGAAGGACGCGGAAAGUUCAGGAUGCUGGGGCAAAAAGAAGAAGAAAAAGAAGGGGCAUGACCAGUGGGACGGUGUCGGUCCAUUUCCAGACUUGGCGGAGCCCCCGAAAGGCAUUCAGAUGUUGUGGCAUCCCAGUAUCGUCAAGCCCUACCUUACCCUGCUGUCUGAAUGCUCCAACCCGGACACCCUGGAGGGAGCAGCCGGUGCGCUGCAAAACCUUGCUGCUGGGAGCUGGAAGUGGUCGGUCUAUAUCCGGGCCGCAGUGCGUAAAGAGAAGGGCCUUCCAAUCCUUGUGGAGUUACUGAGGAUCGACAAUGACCGAGUGGUGUGUGCCAUUGCCACUGCCUUGAGGAACAUGGCUCUGGACAUCAGAAAUAAGGAGCUUAUUGGUAAAUAUGCCAUGAGGGACCUGGUGCACCGGUUACCCGGUGGCAGUACCAACAACAACGGUAGUAGUGGCGGAGGAUGCGGUGGUGGCGGCGGUGGCGGUGCCAACAGUUGUGCUCUGCUGGGGAAGACCAUGUCAGACGACACGAUCACAGCUAUCUGCUGCGCUCUGCAUGAGGUCAUCACCAAAAACAUGGAGAACACCAAGGCCCUGAGGGACGCCGGCGGCAUAGAGAAGCUUAUUGGUGUCGCCCGAAGCAAAGGAGACAAAAUUCCCAGACAUAGUCCCAAAGUGAUGAAAGCGGCAUCUCAGGUGCUGAACAGCAUGUGGCAAUACCGAGACCUGCGCAGCCUUUACAAAAAGGACGGCUAUUCGCAAUACCACUUUAUCGGCUCUUCUUCCACAAUAGAAAGGGACAGGCAGCGGCCUUAUUCUUCUUCUCGUACGCCGUCCAUCUCGCCCGUGCGGACCUCACCAAACCAUCGAUCAGCAAGUGCGCCAGCGUCACCGAGGGAUAUGAUGGCGUUGAAGGAGAGGAAGAAAGACUAUGAGCUGACCGGCAAUGCAACGUACCGCGGGAACAAGGGUGAACACACGUCCCGCAAGGAUGCCGCCAUGGGUCCGCUCUCCAGUGGUUCUUCGACUCUACACCGAGGAGCUUAUGUGUCACCCACCGAUGACCUCAAGUACAACCAGGUCUCAUCUCAAGGAUUGCCUUCAGAGCCCUACCCGCCUUUCCAAAAUCCUCCCCCAAAUGACAGCGGCAGCUAUGAGGACCAGGCCUUCUACGAGAACCAGGUUCAUGCGGGGGGGCGCCCCCCACAAGGUGAACUCAACAUGCACUUGCAGGGCCUGAAGUCCACCGGAAACUAUGUCGACUUCUACUCGGCCUCUCGGCCCUACAGCGAGCUCAACUACGAGACCAGCCACUAUCCGGCCUCUCCGGACUCCUGGGUCUGAGGGCAAGAGAGCCGAGGGAGGAACAGAGCGGGAAGAAGACAUGAAAUAGGAAAGAUACCCCCCCCCCCACCCCGCUCCCUGUUCUGUCGUUCCAAAGUAGCAUCAUAGGUAGCAGGACAUCCCAGGCGCAAGACAGGGUCCAAGAACGGAAGGAAACUGAACGGACACUGGAACUCCCUCCGGAGACGUUUGAAGACGAGGAGGCUCGAGAGGAAAGCAAACAAAAUGACCGGAGAGCGGCGGAAAAAGAGGCCUUGCAUGUGCAUGCACACCGACACCAACGAAACAUUUUUCUUUCUCUCUUAAGUUUCUGACCAAACCGCGAGCAAGCCCGGCAGGUUGAAAGCGAACGGCGUGCCGCGUUUGCGGGCCGCGGGAGGAAGAACAGGCGUGGUGAAGGCACGACACCCCCCCCCCCCCCUUAACAAAAAAGAACGUGGCAAACACACGGAGGUGAAGGCGAUGAGGGGAAAGAUGGAAAGACGUGAAAGUUUUUCCGAGAGCGCGUGGAAGUCGUGACGGCUGGCUGAGAGAAACCUUUGUACAUAUGUGACAUAGCAACACGGCUUUUAGUCAUGUGAAGCACAAGAAGCAGAGCCGUAGGACGUGUAGGACAUCUGAGAUACCAACGUUUUUUUUUUUGUUUUUUUUUUCCUCUCCCUCUCUAUGGCUUCGGCGUGAUGUAUCCUCCUCUCGGGCAAAGAUUGCGAUCGGAACCUUGUCCUUUGUAAUCAUAUGUUGAUUUGUUUGUUUGUUUGUUUUUCUUUUCUUUGUGCUUCUACUUUAUAAAUUCUUGGUUGUAUAGUAUUUGAUGUACACUGUACAUUUACUGGCAAUGCAUUGUGUAUUUGUACAUUGCAGUAUUACCUGAGUCAGGCCUGCACCACGUGCGGCCCAGCUCACCUCUUCACGGUCCUGUCACUGUACCCUACGCACGUGCACGCAUACACACACACACACAAACACACACACACACACACACACACACACUGGAUCAUAUCUACCACACGCAGUAAAAAUGCCCAUGAAGACAUAAAUUAGGGAGUGGGUUAACAGUGCUCCAGUGACUGCCUUAUAUCUCGAGUUCCAGUGGGAUCUAUUUGACAGGAAUGCAUUCAUACCGCCAUUUAUUUGUAGGUAAAUUAAGCACGACUGGAGCAUAUCGUUAACCCCGCAACGAUAGCCUGGUCAGAUUCUGAGUUCAAGUCAAAAGACUGUUAGAUACUGAGUGACGUGAGAUUCAUUUUUCGCCUUUCUCGCUCAUCUAUGUGAGUGAACAGGAUUGUUUAUCAUGGUGAAAAAGAUUCCGCCGAAUUUUCCCUGAGUUAUACACUAUGUUGUCACUUUUUUGGGGGUGGGCCAUUUUCCAAACAAAUUCAACAUUCACACAUUCCAUUCACUUGAACUCAAAUUUUGGAUAUGAGGAAUUAUGGACCUAACUGUUUGUGAUGAAGAUGGCAACGUCCUAUAAAAUCCACAAUGGAAUUCUUAUUUUAAGUGCUGCCACCUCAUCCAUCCAUUUUCCGAUCCGCUUGAUCCCCACGAGGGUGGCGGGCGUGCCGCGGCCUAUCCCAGCCGUCUUCGGGCAGCAGGCGAGGGACACCCUGAACCGGUUGCCGGCCCCUCGCGGGGCACGCAGAGACCAACAAACCAUUCGGGCUCACAAACACGCCGAGCGACAAUUUCGAGUGAUUGAUUAACCUGUCGUGCGUGUUUUUGGAAUGUGGAAAGAAACCAGCACACCCGGAGAAAAGCCACGUCGGCACGGGGAGAACAUGAGAAAGACGUGCUCACCAAUUGCCCACCAUGGCCGCCCGCUGCCACCUCAUCUUGUCUUUAUUGAAAGGAUGACGCGUCAAUGUAGCUUUCAUUUAGCCACACCCAGAGAGUGAACUUGCAACUCAAGCGUCAUGAUCAUUAUUUCGAGAUAGGUCAUCCAUAUUCAAUUGUAGGAUGAAAAACACCUUCCGAAACCCGGAACGGGGUGCGAACACGGGUAGGCGGCCAAAGACACGUUCUCAAAGUACGAUUGUUUCCGUGAGCGCAUUAAAGAAUUGAAUGUCAGACUGGAUAACUGUUAUCGAAACAACCACGAUGGCCAUGCAGCGAUCGAGAUUGACGACUUGCAUGAAGUCAGAACAAAACCGACUGUUUCUGUAUUUGUCUUUUUUUUUUUAAAGAAAAAUUGAUCCCUCCUUCAACGCCACAGCGCCCCUUUUAGAGCCAGUGAGUCCUUUCUAUUUCGUGCUCGGCGUGUACAUCCUAGUGCCAAACAAGGUUUCUGCAACCCCAGCCCCAAUUGUGGAGGGCAGGGAACAUAUUUCAUGCUUUCGUCGGGACAUCUUUGCGCAUUUGACUUUACCACUUUGGAAAUGUUUUGUCCAUCAUAAUUGUUUUUUUUUUUUUUUUUUAAUUUUAUUUUUUGGUUUGGUUUGUUUCUUUCUUUUCUAAAUUGUGUACUACUGACAUGGAAGUUGUGCAACUGCACUGGGACCAGAGAGCAUUACUCACAUCAACAAAAAUAUUUUUAAAAAAUAAAUAG